AUGCGCGACACACCAUCCAAGUUCAUCGAGAUCCUCGAUCCAAAGGACUCGCCCUUGCGCUCCGAAUCCGAUGUCCGUCUAGAGGAUGUCCUCGCAGACCACGAAGCUACUCUAGGUAGUCGUCCUCGUUCCUCUACACAAUCGUCCACCAAACCCAUGGACAAAGGAGACCUUUCCCGCACGAGUUCGGCAUCGCCAACUCCGCGCUGGAAACGAUUCAGCAACCUGCUUGUCCAGCCAAGACGGAACUCUUGA